GGGUUCCCCCAACAUACGAAAAAGUUUGUUGGUGUGUUCGAUUCGCGUAGAAGCGGCGGGAUAAUCCAUUGCCAUGACCGUGCGGUUGUGAGGUCGUUUCGAGAGAGGAGAAAAACCAUUUUUUCUUCAACGAGAAGAAUAGAUCCAAGGGGCUUCGAAAUUCUUCUGUAAAUAAAUAUAACGCGGGUCAGUCCCAAACGUGGACGAUUAUUCCGCCGAAGAAUAACGGCCGAAACCGCGAUACACAUCCCCUCGAGUUAUCCCUCCAACGACGAGCUGCAAACGCGUGGGAAAUUUUUCUUUUUUCCUUUUUUACGCCUCGUUCGGAUUAGUCUUUUUUUUAAUUCACCCGCGCGUUUAUCACGAAAUCGUUCCGUAAAUAAAAAUCAGAAAAUUUUCAAACAUUGAAAUGGCUACUAUUCGGAUACACGAGGAUCAAGAAAAUAGGAUCGUUGAUGUUCGACGAGGCAAAGAGAACUCGGUUAAUCAGACUAAUCCUCUACAACAGAAUAAACGACCGGUUUUGGCGGUAUUGCACAAUAACUGCCACCGUAAUGCUAAAAUCGAUGUCUGUGGCAAAGAUGAAAAAUACUCCAAAACCAAGGCUUUCGUGCCUCCACAAACAGAGCCCUUCAAAAUAUUUGAAGAGAAUAAGAAAGAAGAAGGCACCAUCAAGAUUUAUGAAGACAAACUCGUGGAAGAGACUUCUGUCGUGCUCAGAGAUACUAGGGAAACUACCGAAUUGAAAAUUAAACAGACAAGCGAAAUUUCCGUUAAAAUCGAUCAAGAGAAACCCAAGCUUCAAGUCAAUCCUCUCAAUGUCGGUGUUGUACCUCCAUUCUGUAGUGGUGUUUUAGAAAAAUGUGAAGAUUCCAUAUUCUCCAAUGCUGUACCUAUGUCCUUGGACAAAUCUGUGGGCUUUCUGGACUCCGGCAAGAAACAAGAUCUCAAAGCUAAAAAAGAAGCCUGCAAGUCUCUCAAAAAUAGUUUUUUCGACGUCGAUGAAUACAGGGCAGAUAUAUACAAUUAUCUGCGAGUUGCUGAGACUCAGCACAGACCGAAACCCGGUUAUAUGAAAAAACAGCCAGAUAUAACGUAUUCCAUGAGAUCCAUCUUGGUGGAUUGGUUGGUCGAGGUCGCAGAAGAAUAUCGACUUCAGAGCGAAACAUUGUAUUUAGCAGUUUCUUACAUCGAUCGAUUUUUGUCGUAUAUGAGCGUCGUACGAGCGAAACUCCAGCUCGUUGGUACCGCAGCUAUGUUUAUUGCCGCCAAGUACGAGGAAAUUUAUCCCCCUGAUGUCGGUGAAUUUGUGUAUAUAACCGAUGACACAUACACGAGAAAACAAGUGUUACGCAUGGAACAUUUAAUCCUUCGUGUCCUGUCGUUCGAUCUUACAGUACCUACGCCUCUCGCUUUCCUGCGAGACUACUGCAUUAGUAAUAAUUUAUCGGAAAAAAUUCUUUACCUGGCAAUGUACUUGUGUGAAUUGUCGUUGCUCGAAGCCGAUCCUUAUCUGCACUAUUUACCGAGCCAUCUCGCGGCCGCAGCAGUAGCUCUCGCCAGGCAUACACUCCAGGAGGAAGUUUGGCCUCACGAACUCGAAUUGUCCACUGGCUACAGUCUUAAGGACUUACGGGGAUGUUUAUCAGCGUUGAGUAGAACUUUUGCCAAUGCUCCCAAUAGCCAACAGCAAGCUAUACAGGAAAAGUACAAAAGCAGCAAGUACGGUCAUGUUGCUCUGCUCUUGCCACGGAGUACAGACGUCUUAUCGAGCGAAGAUGAUUUGGAGAGUACCUAAAGUUGGAGGAAUUUUGAGCAAUUGAUAAUACGAAAGAAGAAGAAGAAUAAAAAGAAAAAGAAAUAGGGAAGCAGAAAGAUCGAACAUUUUGAACGAAACCGCAAACGAAAAAUAUUCCUCGCUCUUCGCGGUAAUUAACGAACCUCCAAUAAAUUGUAAAAAGAAUGAAAAAAAAAA